GUUCUCCUCCCGCUCCCACCGCCGCUCAGAACACUGCCACUAGCCUACGAGGACGGACCCACAGCACAUCACAGCGUUUUAAGUGCUUCUAAUGACGCGAUGUGGUUCUCAAAGUGAUCAUUCCGCCAUGUGUUAGUGUGCAUUACCCGCAAUAUGAGGUGACAGGGCAAGAAAAGCACUGUUAUGCCAUAAUAUAACAGUGCCUGUACUUGUUGCCCCCCUCCCCUCCCCGUCCCCAUGAAGCAUUCCUGUAUCUGCUGGUGUUGAUAAGUAAACUUUGAAGAGGAUAAUAUAAAACUGUAAAAGAGAAAGGAAUACGUAAAGGACUGUAGCCUCUGCCGUGGGUCUUGACAAGUUGACACAGGAGCAGCGGACAGUGCGCCUGCCCAUAGCGGGAGGCUGGCUGCUCCUUCCCUACCAACUAUUUCUCGGGAUUUAGCCAUGACCACGUCCAAGGCCACCAUGGAGAAGGCGGAGAUCAAACCAGAGGACAAUGGCGAGUUGCCAGUGCCUUGUAUGACACAGGCUGAGUUCACCGAUAAACUGGAAACACAUCAUGCCUUUGUGAAGGCCAAGUCAUCUGAAUUGACUCACUUGACAGAGACCUUGAAAGCAGUGCGUGAGAGAAAGGAACCACUGACACAGGUCAAAAACACACUACAGGAGGAGAUUAACGCCUGCAACAAGGCAAUCAAUGCAAUCUCCGAGGAAGUUACUCAUCUAAAACAAAAGCUAAGGUACCACAGUGUGCGACAAAUCCAUGAUAAUAUAGAGAGGCUGGAGUACCAGCUACGCAACAACAACUUCAAACCAAGGGAAGAGCAGAAGAUUCUUGAUGAAAUUUCCAUGCUCCGGAGAUCUGUUCGAACCCUCACAGAGUUUGAGGCCAAGCAGGCUGAGAACAAGAAGUACCGCACUGAGCGAACCAGACUCAUAGAGGAGAGGAACAAUAACUACUCCAAGAUCAGAGCUCUGUAUGUCAAGGAAGACAAGAUUAAGAAGGAAAUAGCCGCUGUGCGUGGGGAGAUCUCUAUCAACAGGAAAUCUAUUGACCAACUGCGACAGCUGCGGCCAAAGCUAGAGCAGGAGUGGCUGGCUCAGCAGCAGAAGCUGCAGGCUGCCCGCAAUAAACGCUAUGAGGAGAAAAAACGUGUGCGGCAGGAACAACUAAGGGACCGGCAGGAGGCGAGACGGAGAUUGUGGGAGGAAUAUGAGGCAAGUCGGGAGCCUUAUGAGGAGGAGAAGAACAUGUGUCGCGUCCUGAUCAAUUACUUGCAGUCCAGCUUGACUGGUGGUGCUCCCACUCCCAGUACCCCAGCCUCCACCUGCUCACAACAGUCAUGGUCCAGCUGCUCCAGUCUCACUCCUGCUACCACUCCCUCAUUGCCGCCUCCACCAUUCCCUUCAGCCAACCCAACAGAGCCACCAGGUACUUCCUCUAAGUGUGAUGACAUGGUGCCACCAGAGUCAUCUGGGGCAUACUAUUGUAAAUCAAAGGAGGAGGAAAGUGGCUCGACCCGUCUCAGCAAGCGAGGGAAGGCCAAGGCAAGGAAGGAACAAAGGUUAGCAAAUCGCACAAAGGAGCUGCCCCACACGCCUGACGUGCUCCUUAAGUUCAGCAAGUUAUCCAUCACUCCACCGAAAAAUACCAAUGAGAUACCUGCAGUAAUAGUCUCCCUGCAGGACCAGCUCCAACAUUACUACUCCUUAGGGCAGAGCAAGACUGACAUAACUCAGACUGAUAGUUGUUGUGGCACCACAGAGGCCAGGGGGGUGAAUAAAGGCUGCAGACCCAAGAGCUUGCCUGUGACAUCCUGCUCCCAGUCUUCUGCUGCAGACACCCUCCCUGGCAAUGAAAAAAACUCCAUUAAUGAAGGCAAGGAAAAUGACCAACCUCCCUCCACAAUCACAACUACCAUCACCUCUCCCACCACACCUUCCUCCACCUGCAGUGUAUACAGUGCGCUAAACAUUUCAAUACCAGCAAUAAAUGUAGUGUCACCUGAUAUAUCAUGGGCAAGCAGUAUCCUCCCCAGCCACUCUCCCACAAACAGUUCACAGGAAGAGGGUAAAAGUGCAACAGAAACUGAGCCUAUGUAUAAUGGUGUUCCACCCACAAUAAAUGGAAUCCAUCCCAGUGUGAGAUCAGUGACAGAGCUACAAAUGUGUUCGGACAUUUUAUCAUCCACGGGAAACAAUGAGUCCUUCUUCUCUGUGCCAAUAUCCUACACUUGUAACAUGGGUGAAGGAAAGACUUUAAUGGAGCCAAACAAUAAUGGUGACUUCAGUUAUGCAGCAAUCACAGCAAAAGUAAAGCCACUGGACUUUUAACAGCACACAACUAACAUAAGUCAUGAAUAUUUUUCCACUGCUACCUGGCCUUAUCAUUUUUGUUGUGCCAAGUUGUAUUGGUUCACCUAUGUUUUGUUAUGUAUAUCUGCUUGUUAUCAAUAUGUAUAUCUGUAACUAAUGCCCUCUGGGAAUCCUCAUGAGGGAAUGGCCAUGGGAAAAGUCUAUAGUUCUUGUUCAUAAACUCUCUUUUACAACAUUUACACACCCUUCCUCCUCUAUAUAUUUAUCAAUUGAUAGAUGCUACAUUCACACGCUCCCUCCCACCUCUCCCCUUCAAAUAUUCCUCAGUUCUGUUGAUUCACAUUAUUGGUGGUCUCCCUACUGCCCCAAUCCUUGUAUUUUAAUCAUAAGCCCUCUACGAAAUCAUUCAGCAUUCUUAUGUUUGUAUUUUAUGUUACUCAUAUUACAUUCACAACUAAUCUAGUCAUUAAAAUAAGUUAUACUUUUACUAAGUUAUACCUUCAUGGUAUGUAUAUAUAUACAUAGAUUAUUGUGCUGUUAUCACAUUAGGAAUUGUUUUAUAUUUGUAUUGUUUUAUACGCUGAAAUAUAUAUGAAAUUGUUAUUGAGAAAAAUAUCUUCUAUACUCUUCCCCUCGAUCGACUCUAACUUGAGCCUUUAGGCACAACUCUGCUGAGCCACGCUACUGUCACAUCACCCCAUCACUCUCCUCAGAGGAGCUCGCUACCCCCCCCCCCCCCCACUCUCUCUCUCUCUCUCUCUCUCUCUCUCUCUCUCUCUCUCUCUCUCUCUCUCUCUCUCUCUCUCUCUCUCUCUCUCUCUCUCUCUCUCUCUCUCUCUCUCUCUCUCUCUUAUUUACAUUAUAUAUAAUAUCUUUUGCGUGGCUGUGCAGGACCCGACGCGAGUCUUCCAUGGUGGCAGAAGGGUGAAUUGUGCGGCACCAUCGCAUGAGCCACGUUGCCAAGUGAAAUGGAAGGCUUACAGAGUCGUCUUUCCCCCAAAUCCCAAGCCAUUCAUAACACCAUGAAAUCGUAUUAUGAACAUAUAUAUAUUCCAUAAAUAGAUAAUGUACAGACUAACAGUGAGACAGAUCGCCAUGCGCAGGUCAUUGCUAGAUGUGUAAACAAUGGGUGGUUCCCCGGGCCAAGCCACAGGGCUCAAGUUUGUGUCAAAAGACUAAAGAUGUGCCUCUCAUGGGAACCUUUAUAUAGUUAUGGCUCAACCCUCCUUCUUACUGCCAGCACAGGACAAAAUGCCCUCCAUAUGUGUACAGCCGAUCCAAGUAGCAUCAACUGCUUUGCCACUAGCAACAUUUGAAAUACCAGACAAAAAAGUAAAACAUAGAUGUCUGACAUUUUUGCAUGUCUGCUGUUUCUGCUCAUUCUAUUUCCGUAUAUUUCAGAAUUGGAUGCUUAAUAGACUGACUGUACCUUUGCACCAAAAGGCAAAUUUAUAUAUGACAGAAUUUACAAGUGUGAUGUUUCUCUUUUCUUUUCAAAACUCAGUUUAUUGGAAUGGAUAAACCAUAAGAACAGUAUUCAUCAGUAUUUGAAGUUCUCAACUUCCCUCUGUUGUUAGAGUGAAUAAUAUAUAUAUAUAUAUAUAUAUAUAUAUAUAUAUAUAUAUAUAUAUAUAUAUAUAUAUAUAUAUAUAUAUAUAUAUAUAUAUAUAUAUAUAUAUAUAUAUAUAUAUAAUAUGUUUGCAGUGUGUGUGUGUGUGUGUACUAUUUACCUAGUUGUAAUUUUACAGGGCUUGAACUACGCUCGUGUGGUCCUGUCUCCAUAUCUGUACUUGUCCAGUUUUUCCUUUAAGUUGUGCACACUUCACCAAUACUACAUCCUCACUUAGUCUGUUCCAAACCUCUAUGUUUCUUUGCGGGAAGCUAUAUUUUUUUAUGUCUCUCAAGCAUCUUGCUUUUCUCAAUUUUUUACUGUAUCCUCAUGUGUUGCUGGUGUUUCUUACUUACUUACUUACCACAAUUUAUAAAUUAGUAUUAGGUCUCCACUUUCUCUUCUUUGCUCCAAUGUUGGCAGGUUCAUUUCCUUUAGCCUUUCUUCAUAUGACAAUCCCUCCAGUUCUGGAACCAUCUUUGUUGCCAUCCUUUGUAUUCUUUCUAGUUUUUUCACGUGUCUCUUCUUAUGGGGAGACCACACAGUUUCCGCAUAUUCCAUCUUUGGUCUAAUCAUAGUGGUAAUCAUCUUUAUCAUCAUAUCUUUAUCCAUGUAGUGGAAUAAUAUUCCUAUAUUUUUUACCGUUCUAUACGUAUCUCCGAAUAUCCUAUUUACAUGACUCUGACUGUUGAUUAUCCUGUAUUAUCACUCCCAGAUCUCUCUCUUCUUGAACUUUUAAUAUUUUUCUAUCUCCCAUUUUAUAUGUCCAUUUUGGUCUCCUUUCACUCACUCUUUCCCAUUUCCAUUACAUGACACUUCUUCACAUUAAACUCCAUCUCCUAUUUCUUACUCCAAUCCCAAAUCUUAUUUAGGUCCUGUUGCAGAAUUUCAGUCUUUACUAUUUCUUAUGCGUGUCAUUAAUUUCACAUCGUCCGCAAACAAGCUCAUAUAACUAUUUACUUUCUCCGGCAUAUCAUUUAAAUAUAUUAAGAAAAGUAUUGGUGCCAGUACCGAUCCUUGAGGCAGCCCACUAUCUACAUUUCUCCAUUCCGAUUUCAUGUCCUUAACCAUUGUUCUCAUUUCUCUUCCCUUUAAGUAACUUUCCGUCCAGUUUUCAUUUUCUCUUUCAAUCCUCCUCUGUUUUCCAGCUGUGUGUGUGUGUGUGUGUGAAAUCAUAUUACAAAUUUGUUUCAUUGGUUUAACCAUUGAAACAAUAAAUCCAUUCACUAAAAAGUAUAAUUCAGGUGCAGCAUAAAAGCAUUUAAUGUGCAUCCACAAUUUUUAGUGCCACAAAUAAAAUGAGGUUCGUAACAAGUCUGGUGGUACAUGUUGGUAACAUGGCAGCUGCUAUAUUCAAGCUAACUCAGGAACUUAGGGUUCAACACAAUUACCUUUAAACUUGAUUGUGUGAAUUGCAUGUUAACAUGCAUUAGCAGUUCAGCAGCAGAUGUACAUUAUUGCAACCUCUGGUGUCUCUUCAGUUAUCUAUCCUAUUUCAUAUAUUAACCAUGUUCAGCUAAUGAUGAAGGAAUAUAAUUAACUUUCCUGUUUAUUUCUAUAGGUUGACUGUAGCACCCUAGGACUCAGCUGCUUUAGCAAUGUAUGUAACAAUGCCUUGGACAGUGGGAAAAUUCCUUACGUGUUAACAAACUGCCUUGCAUCUUUAGUUAUGGUAACUCAUUAAUGUAACUUUUAUACCCAAAAUGUUAAAAAUAUGUUGUAGGGAAAUGUGUAAUAGGAGUCCCAUAGAAAAUUGAAUGGGUUAUUUGCACAAAGAUGCAAUAAUCACACUUUUUAUAUUCAGACCAAACUGCCUGCCUAUGGAAUAGUGCGCCUCCAAAGCUGCAGAAAUUACCAAGCUAAAUUUCUACUGCCUUGUUGAAGGGCAGUCAUGCUAGUACUAUGAAAAAAUGUACAAAAGUGUUUAAGAAACAAAAACAACUAACUUCUGUUGAGUAAAAACAUUGAUGAUAUUAGUUUGAUACAAAGUUUUCUGUUUAUUUUUUUGUGUGAUUAAUGAUUUUCUUAAAGUUUCCUAUUGCAAUAUCAAGUUGCAGUGUAUUGUGGAUCACAAUAUGUAUAUUAUCAGUGAGACAUUUCUAGGGCAGUAAGUAAUAUUUGAAAUAUAAUAGUAAAUAGACUUUAACUUGUAAGGAGUGCACAUGAAGCAGUCAUAGUCAUAUACAGUAACCAAUUAUUUUUGCUCACUGACUGAAUUUGCAGUGUGCAUUCUUUAUAUCAUAGAAUUUCUGCACAUAAUUGCCGUGGAUCUUUAUAAGGUCUUUUGGGUUAUGUGGAUGCAGUGUGUCACUUGACUUGGGUGGUUUCAUGAGUACACCAGACAACAGUUUUGCUUACUCAACUUUGCUGUCAGUUUUUGCUAAUUAGUUAAUGCACAUGCUCAACAAACAUUUAAACUACCAUUAGUGAGAAGUGAGUGGCUCAGCCCUUAAGUAUAUACAGUAGAAUAUCCCCAUACCAGGAAAACUGCAGUUAUGUACAUAUUAAUCAAUUGUAGACUUACUCCAAUAUUUAUAUUAGUUAAUAUGUUUUAACAAUACCUGGAAACAUUUGACCAAAAACAUCUUAUGAUGGUAUGUGACAAAUCACUUUGAUGUUGGUAGUGUAUGAGAAAGGGACUGAGAGUAUGUCUGAAGCAGUACAAGGAGGGGACAUUACAGCAUAUAAAAUAAAGAUCUUGUUACUCUCUGGUGGACUAGAAGAAGAGGACAGUGAGGAUGCCCUGGUGUGUAAAGUAUAGAUCAUGUCACUGCCUGUUGUGAUGUGUGAGGCAGGAAAUGUAGUGAGCAUGUCAGGUGCAGCACUGGUGAGGGCAUGACAGUGACACAGAGGAAUGUAUUUUUACAAAUGUUGUACAAAAUCAUGCAAAAUUUUCACAAGUUGUGUAUAUUGACAAAUAUUUAAUAAAUAUAAAUGAGUUA